GCAUUAACAGAAGGGUUUAUGUAAGGAGACAAACAGGAGAGAGAAUGAUGCCGCAGUGUUUCAAAGCUACGCUGAAAUGUGGUGGUGGGAAUAUUCAAGCCCUCAGGACUUUUACCUACUCUUGAGUUGGAAACCUGCAGUGAAGCAACUCCACACCCCAUUCUUCAGAGACAUGCACCACCCUCUGGUUUUAUUCAUUUAUUUAUUUAUUUUGUGGAGAAGAAUAUAUAUAGCAGGAUAAUGAGCUAAAAUGCACCUGAAAACUCUGACAGAUCUACUUGAGGACCAAAGAAGACAAAAGGUGUCCUGGGUGUCAUCGACUGUCAGUGCUGCACUGUACAGCCACAUGACUGUGUCCCCACGGAGCAUUUAUGGGGUCAUUGAAGUGCUGUGUGACAUCACAUCUUGGAACACUGUCAAAUCAUGCUGGGAAAACAUGAGUCAUCAGUUUUAGCACAAACUUGUGGAGUCCGUGCCAGCUCCAGUGCAUGCUGUCAUUAAGGCAACAAAGGGACACAGCAAAUACAAAGACAUUGUAAAAUUCAUCAGCAUUUUCUUCUAUUAAACCUGUUGCUCGGACUGUUAAGCUUAUAUUAUCAUUUGUAAUUAAAAAUGAAAUAGUAGCAUAUCUGAAUUUGAUUGUUUUGCUGGUGGUCUCAGACUUUUGGAUCCUUCUAUAGGCCUGUGCCUGUUCCCUCACUGGCUUAACACUCAGAUUUGGUUGUACAAGGCUCAGAAUAUUAUAUAGGUAACAUGGAUGUGUUUGAAAUCCAAGCAGCUCAUUUCAGCAAGUUGUUUGUUCCCACCUGACACAGUGAGCCACCUCAUCUGCAGACUGACCUACAUCCAGUGGUGGAAAGAUGAGUCAAAUGCAUGCAGCAGUUUGCUGUUGGCUCUUAUACAAGAUGUACUUUUUUUUUUUUUUUUAAUCAAUUACAUAAUUACUGAUGAUUCGAAGUGAGACAUUUAUCUGCACGACAGAUGUCGGGUAAAAUGUGGGUUACAAUAGUCACCUUUAAGCACGAAGUUCCAGAAAGCAGCAAUACUCGAGUACUCAGUUACAUUACAACACGCACUUGUUUUAAUUGGUGGCCCAGUGCGAACACACACUGAUAGACCGAGUCAUGUCUUUUUAAAUAACUUUUUAUUCUACUCGUCCUGAGACAGCAGCUCCGGGACACCGUGUGUCGGAGCUCCGGAUUAUUCAGGUUUGAGCCGUCCGCACGGAGGAGGCCGAGCACUGAACCUGCUUUUGGUAGUCGGAGCGAAAAUAGGAGCGACUCUUUUGGUAAUGCCGGCGGUGCGUUCACUUCCUUUAGAGGGGAGAACAGCGUGCGAAGGACAGUGUGUCAAAAUGUCACGGGGGUCAUAAAACAGGCGAGACGAGGGGGAAGUUAUGUAAUGAUGAAAACAGGUUUCACGCGCUUUUGACACAUUCAUAAUAUUCAUUUUGAAUAAUAGCAGGUGGGAAUUAAUCUAGGCCCCCUUUUUUCCCAAUUCAGGGCACAGUCCUCCCAGUUUAACCACUGCAGGCUGUUCGGAUAUCAGAGUUCGCAUUAGACGCAGGGGCGUCCAAGAAAAUUAUUUGUUUGUCAAAAAAAAAGAAGAAGAAGAAAGGAAGAAAUUGAAUGUCACUCAUCCUCAGCCCUCCUCUUCAUCACGGUCAGCGCGACAGCCUGGUGGCUGAAUGCCUGACGCUGAUUGGUCCGCAAGUGGGCCUCCUUUGCCAAGCCCACAGCACAGGGAGGUAUAUAUGUACUUCAGAUGCAACAGAGGCAAAGAACAAGGAGGUUUGGGAGAUUGUCAUCCUGUCAUCAACCACAGACCGCAAGAUGAAGACCCAGCAGACUCUUCAUGUGGCCACCCCAGUGAGGCAGAGCCUUGCCCUGACCAAAGUAGCCGGGACCUCUGUUUACCUCAAGCUGGAUUCAUCUCAGCCCACAGGGUCCUUCAAGAUCAGGGGCAUCGGACACCUCUGUAAAACUUGGGCAGAGCGAGGAUGUGAGCGCUUUGUCUGCUGCUCAGGAGGAAACGCGGGGAUGGCAGCAGCUUAUUCUGCCCGUCAGCUCGGGGUACCUGCAACCAUAGUGGUUCCAAGUGUCACACCAAACCCGACAGUGGAGAGGCUGAAGGACGAGGGCGCCACCGUGGUGAUCCAUGGCAAGGCUCUGGAUGAGAGCAUUGAAUACGGACAGCAGCUCGUGGCCAACAACCCGGGCUGGAUCUUCAUCUCUCCCUUCGAUGAUCCCCUCAUCUGGGAAGGCCACACGUCUCUGGUGAAGGAGCUGGAGCAGGACCUGAAGGAGAAGCCAGGAGCCAUAGUGCUGUCGGUGGGAGGCGGAGGCCUGCUGAACGGAGUGGUGGAGGGACUGCGUCGCGCCGGCUGGGCUGACGUGCCCCUUGUGGCCAUGGAAACCCUGGGAGCACACAGCCUCAACGCGGCAGUGAAGGCUGGGGAGCUGGUCACUUUACCCGAAAUAACCAGCGUCGCAACCACACUGGGCCUGACGAGGGUGUCCGCGCAGACUCUCAAACUGGUGAACGAGCACACGGUUUUCUCAGAAGUCGUCACAGACCAGGAGGCUGUGAAAGCCGUGGAGCGCUUUGUAGAUGAUGAGAAGGUCCUGGUGGAGCCUGCCUGUGGCGCCGCCCUGGCAGCCGUGUACAGUGACAUUAUCAAAAGACUGAAGAGCGAGGGCAAGCUGGCACAGCCGCUGGGCCCGGUGGUCAUCGUGGUGUGCGGCGGCAACAACAUCAGCAUGGAGCAGCUGAGGAGGCUGAAAAAACAGCUCGGUGUUAUCUAGCAUGGCCGACCAACCGCAGCCUGCCUGACCUUUUCCUCUGUUCCCCCAUCAGCCGGUCUCAACCCAUAAAGCCCGUUACACAUGUGCUCCUCUGAUCAAAUCAUUCCAGACCGUGAAACUCUCCUGAGCACUGAGACUGACACAUGUGACAGCAGGGAGCUGCUGCAGGGAUUUUUCUUUUUUAAUCUUGUGAUAAUAUGAUUGUGACGCUGCUCUGUCGGAGGUAGCUCUCGACUAGAGUGGGACCUCCUUCAGAAAACCAAAAAUGUCAAAAUAACAACUACACUGACACAUUUAGGUUGCAUUUGUUUUUUUGUUUUUUGUUUUUUGUUUUUUUUGCCGUGCUUGUUUUGUGAAAGUGCCUGUACGUUGUCUGUGCUUUUGUACUUUUGGGAUGUAUUUAAAAAUUAAUAAAUUAUAUUUCUGAAUAUUUUGCCUAAAGAAUCAUUUCUCUGCUCUGACAGCUUCUUAUUCCCAGUGUUGUACAAAGUACCCAGAUGU